AUGGAGUGUAAAAACCAAACAGGACUAUAUUAUUUUAUCAUAGUUGGGUUCCCUUACCCGCCUAACCUACGAAACCUGUUGUUCCUCCUCUUUUUGCUCAUUUAUUUACUGACAUUCAUAGGAAAUCUUCUGAUCCUCUUGGCUGUGGCCUUUGAUACCCAGUUGCACAAGCCCAUGUACUGGUUCCUCUGCCACUUGUCCUUCUUGGACAUGACUGUCUCCUCUGUGAUUGUCCCCAAAGUGGUUGCUGGCUUUGUAGAAGGCGGUGGAGUCAUCUCCUUUAGUGGUUGUGUGACCCAGUUGUUCUUUUUCCAUUUCUUGGGCUGCACAGAGUGUUUCCUUUAUACUGUGAUGGCCUAUGACCGCUUCCUGGCUAUCUGCAAGCCACUUCACUAUACAACUAUCAUGAACCACAAAGCUUGUGUCUGUCUUGCCUUUGGGACCUGGUUUGGUGGCUCUUUGCACUCCAUGAUACAGACCACCCUCACUUUCCACUUACCUUAUGGCCAAGGGAACCAAGUGCAUUACAUCUUCUGUGACAUUCCAGCUGUGCUGAAACUGGCUUGUGCUGAUACCACCCUCAAUGAAAUGGUGACCUUUGUAGAUAUUGGCUUCUUGGCCAUGACCUGUUUCUUCCUCAUCCUCAUGUCCUACAUGUAUAUAAUCUCUGCUAUCUUGAAGAUUAAUAGCUCUGACGGACGACGUCGGGCAUUCUCCACCUGUGCUGCCCAUAUCACAGUAGUGGUUACUUACUAUGUCCCUCUGGUGUUCAUCUAUCUAAGGCCAGGAUCCCAGGACCCACUGGAUGGACUGGUGGCUGUGUUCUACACUACUGUGACCCCGCUUCUGAAUCCCAUUAUAUAUACAUUGAGGAACAAAGAGAUGAAAUGUGCUAUAAGAAAGCUGUGGAACAGAAAUGUGUCUUAA